UUCCCACAUUUCACACCCUAGUAAACAUUUUUCUCUGUUUUUCCUUUCUUGGCGCUCUGCAAAAGUUUUCAUAACUCGCUUCAAUUCUCCACAACUCUGUUUCUCUCUUGCAACUCACCAAUUCGCCAUUAAAACCCCAUCUUCAUCUUUCUCAAUCACAGUAUUUUCUACGAAUUCUGUCAUCAUUGAACUACAAUGUACAAGAAUUGAUAACAUGGGUUGUUAAUUAAUGGUGAUUUCACGAAGAAUUUAAAGGGUUUUAUUGAUUCUUGUAUUCCUAUGUUUUGCCUCUGUUUCUUUCGAUACCGAGUUUAUAAAAUAUGGAGUAUAUUCCAGUAGGGAAGAGAACUAGGCUUCAAAAAGCCCUAAAAAGGGAUAGUUUUUUGGAUAGUUUUGGGGUUAUUUCGAGUGAUGACGACGAUGAUGAAGAAGCAUGUUUGGUAAUUGAUAAAUCUGAAUUCUUAAAAACGAGUAGUCGUAAGAAUUCUGAAAGGAAUUCUGCAAGAAAAGAUGUGGGGUUUGAGAAAAAUAUUACUAUUAAUAGGAAUUUGAGUAGGGUUUAUGAUGAACAUGGUGAAAUUCCUCUGGGUUUUGAUGAUAAGGGUAAGAGAAAUGUGAAUGAUGAUGAGAAUAAUGGUGUUUGUGCCAAUGAUGAUGCUGCUGUUGAUGUUCAUAGCAAUGGUGGUGGUGGGGAUGAUGGUGUUUAUGUUGACAAUAAUGUAGAUGAUGAGGAUGAUGAUGGUGUUCAUGUUGACAAUAAUGUAGAUGAUGGGGAUGAUGAUGCGAAUGACAUUGUUAUUCUUGAUGAUGAUGAUGAUAUUGAUGAUGGUGUUCGUAUUAUUGAUGAUGAGAAUGUUGAUACUCAUAUCGAUGAUGAUGAUGAUGAUGAUGAUGAGGAGGAGGAGGAGGAGGAGGAGGAGGAGGAGGAGGAUGAUGGUGAUGGUGAUGAGGAUGAGGAAGAUGAUGAGGAGGAUGAGAUAGAGGAGAGUGAGGAGGAGGAGGAGGAGGAGGAGGAGGAGGAGGAGGAGAAGGAUGAGCUUAAGUGCAAGAGUCAUGAGAAGAGUGUCGAGGAUGGUGGAGGGAAGAGAAAAAGAGGAAGACCGCCAUUGAAGAAAAACAAUGAAGAUGAUGAGUUAGAGCAUACAAUGCCUAGGAAGAAGUCAAGAGUAAAGAAAAGGCAACAAACUAGUGAGAUUCAAAAUGCUUUGUUGGAUGGGAUUUUAAACAAUAGAAAUGAUGAUGAAGGGUUGUCAAGAAUUAGUGAGGCAUAUCUUCCUCUUAAGUUUAGGUUUGGUGAUGAGAAAGUUGUGCCAAAAAAAUCAGAAGAUGAACAAGAAUUAGAGGGUCUCUUCAUGGAUAUGGACUUUGCUCUUGGAAUUUGUGAUAUUGGUUUACAAGCUUCUGUUAAGGAUGAUGAUGAAGAUGACAAUGCUGUUCUAUGUCAUAGCGCGAAUAUGCAGAAAAAGCUUUGCGUUGAAGGAAAACACUACUGGAUUCAUGAUGAUGAGAUUGGAAUCAAGUGCAAGUUCUGUAAAAUUGUGAAAGUUGAGAUGAAAUAUGUCACACCUGAUUUUGCCAAAGAUCCAUUCGGAAUAACAGACAAAGAAAGAUACACACAAUUCCCUUACAAUGACAUCAGACUUUCUGACAAGUUUCAGUUCCCAGAUUUAAGCUAUGAUGACAUCAGAGGUGAACCUUCAGUUGAUCAUAUUCCGGGUACAGUGUGGGACCUAGUUCCAGGAACUCUACUGAAUUUACACCCUCAUCAAAGAGAUGGGUUUGAGUUCAUAUGGAGAAAUAUUGCAGGUGGAAUAAAAAUCAAUGAACUUACUAAAUCUACAGAAUCAUCUGGUAAAGGAGGGUGCAUCAUAUGCCAUGCACCAGGUACAGGAAAAACCAGAUUAGCCAUUGUUUUUCUGCAAUCAUACAUGAAGCUAUACCCUAAAUCUAGGCCUGUAAUUCUUGCACCUUAUAGCAUGCUUCGUACAUGGGAAGAGGAGUUUUCUCGAUGGAAAGUUGAUAAUGACAUUGACAUUCCUUUAAUUAACUUCAAUGAAAAGGAAUUGUCAGGGAAAGAAGAUGAGAAUGUGAUUAAAGCCUGUAAUGGAAGUUUAAAAGAUGAGAAUACAAUUAGGAUUGCUAAGCUUCAAACUUGGUUUAUGGGGAAAGGUGUUUUAGCUAUUAGUUAUGGACUUUUUCAGACACUAGCAGGUGAUCAUGGUAAUAAGUCUUCUAUUAAUAAGAAGUUUAGGGAAGCUUUCCUAAAAUGUCCUGGUUUAUUAGUAUUGGAUGAAGGUCACACACCCAGAAAUGAGAAGAGUGGAAUAUUUCAGGUUUUGUCAGAAGUUGUAACAAAGAAGAGAGUGAUUUUAUCAGGAACACCGUUUCAGAAUAACUUUGAGGAACUUCAUAACACGAUUGCCCUUGUUCGAGAAGAGUUUGGUUUUGGUGUUCAUUCUUUUAAUCACUUAAAUGAUGAUAGGAAAAUCGAGAAGUUAAGGAAACAGAUCAAACCCUUUGUUCAUGUUCAUAAUGGUGAGAUUUUAAGGGAUACUCUUGGAGGAUUGUUUCACUCAUUAGUCGUGUUAAAACCUUCUGAUCUGCAAAAGAUGUUUUUCGACAUAUUAGCAACAAUUAGAAGACAUUUCAUUAAAUUCGAUAACUUGAUCUCUGUAACUUCUGUUCAUCCCUCAAUCUUCUAUGAACAAGAAGAACCCGGCUUUUUCAUUGAUGAAGAACAAGAAUUGUUGUUGAAGAAGCAUAAAAUGGAUGUUGAAGCAGGAGUUAAAGUAUGGUUUCUUAUAGAGCUUAUUAAGCUAUGUAAAGGGGAAAGAGUUUUGGUGUUUGGACAAUGUCUUUCACCCUUAAACUUCAUAGGGGAAUUACUGAAAACCCUUUUUCAAUGGAAUAAAGGGAAAGAGUUUCUUUAUAUUGAUGGAAAACAGAAUAUGAAAGAAAGACAAUCAUCAAUUAGUCUUUUUAAUGACCCUAAAAGUGAGGCUAAAGUACUUUUAGCUUCAACUAAAGCAUGUUGUGAAGGGAUUAGUUUAGUGGGUGCUUCUAGAGUGGUGUUACUUGAUGUUGUUUGGAACCCUUCUGUUGAAAGACAAGCUAUAAGUAGGGCUUAUAGACUAGGACAAAAGAAGGAUGUGUUUGUUUAUCAGCUUAUUACUUCGGGUACUUUGGAAGAAGAGAAGUUUCGUAGACAGGCUGAAAAAGAACGGUUUUCAAAGCUGUUGUUUUCAUCUUCAUCUUCUUCAGAGGAGGAAACUGUGCAGAAAAAGAAGAAAGGAUUGAGGGUGGUUUCUGAGGAUUGUGUUUUGGAAGAGAUGACUAAUCAUGAAAAUACCAAGAAUAUGUUUGAGAAGAUUGUUAGUCAACCUAAAGCUGAUGAUUUUAUCAAAACUUUUGGGUCUCUGAACAUGUAGUAUGCAGCAUUGUACAGCUUCAUAGUUAUUUUUUCUGCUGAGAUUUUUUUUUUGUAGUCAAUUAUCUGAAAAAUGACUGCAGAUUUAACCUGAGAUUAUCGCGUUUUUCUGAUUUCUGAAAAUGGAAGACAGAAAUCAGAAGAGUGAAGUAUUUCAGAAGAUUGUCAGAACAGCAAAAAAUGACUUUUGAUUUGCAUGAUGAAAUUUUAGCUAUUCUUUACUAUUGUGAAGUGGAAAUUUUUGAAUAAAUGUAUCUGUUACAGACUUACAGGUGAUCUAUUUGACUCGAUUUCAUAUACGACUAUCAUAAGAUUGUGACUCU